AUGGCCAACUACUACGAGGUCCUGGGGGUGCAGUCGAGCGCCUCCCAGGAGGACAUCAAGAAGGCCUACCGCAAGCUGGCCUUGCGCUGGCACCCCGACAAGAACCCUGACAACAAGGAGGAGGCCGAGAAGAAGUUCAAACAGGUGUCCGAGGCCUACGAGGUCCUGUCCGACUCCAAGAAGCGCUCCCUGUAUGACCGCGCGGGCAGCGACAGCUGGCGGGCCGGCGGCGGGGCCAGCACCCCCUACAGCAGCCCCUUCGACACCGGCUACACCUUCCGCAACCCCGAGGACAUCUUCCGUGAGUUCUUCGGCGGCCUAGACCCCUUCUCCUUCGACUUCUGGGACAACCCAUUCAGCAGAGAGCGGGAGAGUCGCAGCCGCGGCCUGCGCGGGGCCUUCUCGGCGGGCUUCGGCGAGUUCCCGGCCUUCAUGGAGGCCUUCUCCUCCUUCGACACCCUGGGCCGCAGAGGGAUGACCGGCGGCCACACCACCUUCUCAUCCACCUCCUUCGGGGGCUCUGGCCCGGGCAGUUCGGGGUUCAAGUCCGUCAUGUCGUCCACCGAGAUGGUCAACGGACGCAAGAUCACCACCAAGCGCAUCGUGGAGAACGGGCAAGAGCGUGUGGAGGUGGAGGAGGACGGGCAGCUCAAGUCGCUCACCAUCAACGGCAAGGAGCAGCUCAAACGGGUGGAAAGCAAGUGA